AUGUCUGUCGAGAAGGAUAUCGAGCCCACUGCGGCUCCCAAGCUGGAACAUGAUAUCGACGACCAUCACAAGCUCGCUGCCAACAAGGUCAUCAAUGACGCACGCCUGGCUUCAGACAAGGAGCGCAAGAUGACCCUCAUGCAGGGCAUCAAGCUCUAUCCCAAAGCCAUUGGCUGGUCGGUCCUUAUCAGCACGUGUAUUGUCAUGGAAGGCUACGACGUCUGUCUGCUUAACAACUUUUUCGGUUUCCCGCAGUUCAAGCAAAAGUACGGUGAGCAACUUGCAGAUGGUACGUGGGAGAUCCCAGCACCAUGGCAAGCUGGAUUGUCCAAUGGAGUCAUUGUGGGCGAGAUCAUUGGACUUUUCUUGAACGGAUGGAUCAGCGAGUGGAUUGGUUACCGCUAUACGGUUAUGGGAUGUUUGACUUUGAUUAUCGGCUUCACGGCUAUCUUCUUCACUGCCCAGACGGUCGUGCAUCUGUUGGUUGCUGAGAUUCUCUGUGGUAUUCCAUGGGGUGUCUUCCAGACUCUUACUAUUACGUAUGCUUGCGAGGUCUGUCCCGUUGCUCUGCGUGGAUACUUAACAACAUAUGUCAACUUCUGCUGGGGUCUAGGUCAGCUCAUUGGUAUCGGAGUCAUCCGAUCUCUCGUCGACCGCCCAGAUGAAUGGUCCUACCGUAUUCCCUAUGCUCUGCAAUGGAUGUGGCCAGUUCCCCUCUUAAUCGGUGUCUUCCUCGCCCCCGAAUCCCCAUGGUGGCUCGUCCGCAAAGGCCGACUUGAAGAUGCAAAGAAAUCGCUUCUCCGUCUUACCAGCCUCAACCGCGAGACCGACUUUGACGCUGAAGAAACGAUUGCCAUGAUGGUCCACACAACCGCGCUCGAAGAGAAAAUCACCCAAGGUGCAAGCUACUGGGACUGCUUCAAGGGAACUGAUCUACGCCGCACUGAAAUCGUCUGCAUGGCAUGGGCAAUGCAAAACCUCAGUGGUAACGCCUUUUCCGGAUAUUCGUCCUACUUCCUCCAGCAAGCCGGUCUCUCACCCUCCACCUCCUACGACUUCGCCAUGGGCCAAUACGGCAUCAACAUGGCCGGUGUCUUCGGCGCCUGGUACUUGAUGAAAGUCGGCAUCGGUCGUCGCACGCUCUACCUCGGCGGUCUCUGCGGCCUCUGCAUUAUGCUCUUCGUCAUGGGCUUCCUCGGCCUCGUACCUAGCUCCGAGCGCCAAACCGGCGCCAUGGCAACAGGCGCCAUGAUGAUUGUCUGGGCCAUGUUCUACCAACUCACCGUCGGCACCGUCUGCUACUCGCUCGUCGCCGAACUGUCUACCCGCCGUCUGGCCAUCAAGACCGUCGUCCUCGGACGUAACUUGUACAAUGUAAUCGGCAUCAUAACAUCCGUCCUCACCCCUUACAUGCUCAACCCCGGAGCAUGGAACUGGGGCAACUACGCCGGCUUCUUCUGGGGCGGCUCCUGCUUCCUCAGCAUAGUGUACACCUACUUCCGCCUCCCCGAGCCCCGCGGCCGCUCCUUCGCCGAACUCGACCUCCUCUUCGAGAAGAAAGUCAGCGCCCGCAAGUUCGCAUCCACCCAUGUCGACGUCUUUGAAGAUAGCCAUAUCGAGGGCACUGCCGUCUUUGACAAGUACGAGGAGAAAGUCGAUGCUGCUGUGAGAACCGAGUCUGUUACUGCUUAA